AUUUUCAACGCAUGGAGAAUAGUGAUCUAUCGGUGUUGGUUAGAGCUAGCCAGGAACUAUUCAAGCUUCACUGCGGCUGGACAUACUGCCCCAGAAAGCAAAGUGUGAUUAUAUCAAUCGAGAACGAAGAGGACUUUAAUGAAAUGGUCCGGCAGGUCUCAGAUAUAUUGGUAUGCUACAGUAUCUGUUUAGAAUUCAAACCCAGUCCUUAGUAUUUAGAAAUUCCAUUAUGCUACAAAAUCAUCAAAAUCAAGGGUGACGGUUGGGGUGCAGUAAAAGAUGUCCUUCCAACUUGCCCCAGACACUUUAGAAGCACUCGUUGUAUUACACUGAGGAAGUCGAGCAGAAAUUAAAACAAUUGCCUGCUCUUAACAUUUUGGAGCUCAGGAUGGAAUCGUGUUGUCAACACUUCUGGCUCACUACUGGCCACAGUUGGACUUUACUAGUGAUGUGUUUAAAAACCUCGAGCAUCUAGAGGUUUACAAUACACCUGAGUCCACAAUGGGAAAGGUUGCAGAAGUUGAAGUUGGUGAGCUUGUCCAUCUUCUCAU